CUUCAUGAUUGAAUUCGCCACCCUUUCAGUGAAUGUUGGAUGGAAAUGUUACAGGAUAGAAUUGUCCCUCUUUGAAUUAGAUCCGUAUCAGGCACUUCCACUGUCUGAAUACUAUGUUGUGUAUUUUAAUAGCCCACACUCACAUUUGUGAGAGUUGAAUUUGAAUCCUCUUCAGCCAAGUCUUCUCACUGAGUCGCAUGCGCGCACUGUCUAUCUGAUGACAUAACGUGAUAAAGUACCGGAGUGAGAGCCAGCUGGUGUGAACCGGGGUACCUCGAAGCCUUCUGUGGGUGUGGGUGGUGUUCUCACCUCGCAGCCAAACAGCCAUAUUUCUCUGCGCCGGAGGCACGCAUGUGGCAGUACAACAGAGCCGAAGGUAAUUGCCUGCCUGCCUUCCGGCUUGAACAGUGCCAGAGUGCAGGCUGGUCGCGAUCCAACUCGGGGAGCAGAGUCAGUGUGCUCCUAGAGGCUGCUGACUGUGAGACAGCGGAGUUCGGCAACUGGCUGAUCUGUGUCGCUGAAAACAACUGGGAGAGUACAAUGACGCACCUGAAUUUACACUUGCGCGACUUUUGGACGGUCGACUCGACAUCUUUUGAGUGAGUGUUCAGUGACGGACUGCCAUGACAUUUAGGCUACGCAUGCUGCAUUUUCCGCAGUAGACUGAGUAGCAUUAUAUGCUGUUUUAUGCUGUUUUUUUUUUACAACUAUGCUUGAAGUGAGUAGCCAAUUGCUUUCAUUAUCGCCACACACACCUCUAUUCUAUUUCAUUUUCAGGUGAGUCACAUUGGAAUGAACAAUCACUGCUGUCAACUUGGAUAGUUGCCUGCCUGUCCGUCCCAAUGAGAAUUCAGUACUUCCGGAGUGAAAAAUGCCGUGUCUGUCCACAGAGAGCUGGACUGAGGUGCAGGUGGGCUGUCGUAUGAAAUAGGAGAAGGACUUGGUGGCCACACACAUCCAAUUCAGUUGUUACACACACACACACUGUCGCUCGGAGUGGCGAGACGCAGAUGUGCACUCCACGGACACCCAACUCGGCACUCAACUUUUUCUCUGUGCGUGGAUCUAUUGAACAUAUAUUUUCUCUUCAAUGAGCUUGUGAACAAACGGAGGAUAGAUGUUAUUUCGUGGGCUAAUAUAUUUUUCCAAAUAGCCUCAGAGGACCAGGGUUGGAAUAAGUAUACCCAAUUGUGUUUGAGACACCUGCGUUGAUUAGCCUCGCUUGGGAUUUCUCUAAUAUGGAUUAUGUGCGUAAUGUGGCUCAAAUAGCAGAGAAUGGAUAUUGUUUGUCGGUAAGGAUUUGAAUCGCCCAGUAGAGGAUUGAGGAGAAGGGCAGCCUGACGAUGCCGGACGCGUCUCGGGACGUGCCGGUGCAUUCCUCUCCAGCAGUGGCAGCGAACGCCGAGGGAGACGAGAUAGAAGUGCUGGAGAGUAUCGAUGUCCUUCCCGUGGCCCCAGAGGACCAAUGGAAAUCUCUGUUCGACAAGUUCGACUCCGAGAGUUCAGGCUUCAUCAGUACAGAGCGGUUCAGAGACCUGCUGGCGGCCCACGGCUCGGAGCUGGACCCUCACAAGCUGGAGGUUCUAUUGGCCCUCGCCGACGGCAACGCGGACGGAAAGAUCUGCUACCAGGACUUUGUCAACCUGAUGUCCAACAAGCGCAGCAAUAGCUUCCGGCGGGCCAUCCUCCAGGGGGGUCGUCAGUUGAAGGGGGCCGGGGCCCUGGGGGAGGAGGUGGGUCUGGGUCUGUCCCAGAGGCUGGUGAGGCACAUCGCCUAUGAGACCCUGCCCCGGGAGAUCGACAGGAAGUGGUACUUCGACAGCUACACCUGCUGCCCACCACCCUGGCUCAUCCUGGCGAUCACCAUCGCUGAGGUGGCAGUGUUCAUGUACUAUGGCCUGCAGUUGGACCGCUGGGUGCUGCAGGUGUCCAGUCCCCACUUCCUGAGGGGCCCACUGCCCUACCACCCCCAGCUACGGAUUCAGGCCUGGAGAUACCUCAGCUAUGCCUUCAUGCACGCAGGGAUAGAACACCUGGGUCUGAACAUGGCCAUGCAGCUGCUGGUGGGAGUCCCUCUUGAGAUGGUCCAUGGAGCACUGAGGAUAGGACUGGUCUACGUGUGUGGCGUACUGGCAGGCUCCCUGGCCGUGUCUGUCACUGAUAUGACUGCUCCGGUGGUGGGGUCGUCUGGAGGAGUCUACGCCCUGGUCUCAGCACACCUGGCCAACGUCGUCAUGAACUGGUCGGGUAUGAAAUGUCAGUUUAAGCUGUUCCGGAUGGCCAUGGCUCUGGUCUGCAUGAGUGUGGAGUUCGGCCGUGCCGUGUGGCUGCGGUUCUACCCGCCGGCCUUCCCGCCCUGCCCCAACCCCAGCUUUGUGGCCCACCUGGGGGGUGUGAUGGUGGGGCUCACCCUGGGGGUUGUAGUCCUCCAGAACUACGAGCAGCGUCUCCAAGAGCAGUCUCUCUUCUGGAUCUUCUUCUCCGUCUACUUCCUCUUUGUCCUCUGUGCUGUCUUCUGGAACGUCUUCGCCUACAGCCUGCUGGACGUCCGGCUCCCCCCCACGCCGUGACCCCCC